UCUGUUGAGAACUUUAGAGAUAAAAUGGAGGUGCUUUAACCAGCAUUAACUGUUUUAGUCUACAACUUCGGAAAUCUCUCAAUAAAUGCACCCGUUCCAUUCUCACCACUCCCCAACUUCAGUGCUCUCUUCUCCUGUUGUCCUCCCAACCCACUAACCUCGCCGGAAACCGCCGUCAACCACCACCCAAUUCCACCACAGAACAAUGUAAAAAAAACCCAUUUCUCAAUCACUAACUAAUUUACUAUAAACCCAAAUGGGUUGCUGCCUCAGCACCACCAACAAGCCUUCCUCAGCUCCACACAGCCACCGGCAUUCAUCGAGAUCCGAGAAGCCAAGCAGAGCACCACCGCCUCCGCCAUUGGAAGAAGAGACGGUCAAGGAAGUGCUGUCCGAGACUCCGACCCGCAAACCUCCUGUCCCCAAGUUCGAAGACGAAGACGAAAAAACUACGGCCAAACACAACAAUGUCGACAAGAACCCUCCAUUGAUGACCACAGAGGACAUCUCCGAGGUCUCUGAGAUCUGUAGUUUCAGCGAAACCGUGUCUACGACCACGUUUACCGAUAAAAGAGACGACGAAGAUGACGACGGCGAGGUUCGGCAGAGGGUGGUAAAUAGGUCACCGGCGAAAUUCAGAAACCGGUCAUUUACCGGUGAUGUUCCGGCUAGGAAAGAGAGGUUGGUGGGUAAGUCUCCGACGAGGAAAUCCGAAGCGUCCCCGGGUCGGGUCAGACCCGUGAUUUCCAAAGACAGGCGUGGGUUGGUAACCAAAGGACAACGGCGGGUCUCCGGAGACAAUCCCGGGAGGAGAUCGAGGUCACCUGCUACUCGGACGGACGUCGGGGGGAAACGGUCAGGUGUGGGUGAGAUGCCGUCGGCGAGGAAGUCUCCGGAUCGGGUUAGAUCCGAAAUGAGUGGGAAGAUCCAGAAGGUGGAGGAGUCGGGUAGAGAGGGCCCGACGUCGACGACGAGCGAGUCACUGGAAAAUCCACUUGUGUCCUUAGAAUGUUUCAUAUUCCUAUAGGGCAUUCCCUGGUAAGAACUGUAAUUUUGUGGCAAUGUUGUGGACAAAAAUGACUUCUGCUCACGUCCUUUUUGGGUCAUCAAUCAUACUACGUAGAUAUUGAAGUGUUGUCAUUAAUCAACAUGUGUUUUCUUCAUCGAUAA